UUGGGGUGCGUCACAAAGCUCCUGAUGCCCGCCUGCUUUUCCCAGCCAAGCUUAAGAAGCUGAGACCAUCCUCAUCCCAGCCCAAGCACUGGACAGAGGAAAGGCUUGAUACAAGGAAAUGUUGCGUGACCGGUGCCUCUGGCUACCAGCGGUGACCUGGGUGCUGCUGCUGGUGAUGACAGCCUUUGCCAUGGAGUGCCCCAAGAUCAAGGUGGGGACGUGCAAGGACUGCAUCCAGUCUGGUCCCGGCUGUGCCUGGUGCAAGAAGCCGAGUUUCACCAAAGCUGGUGAGCCAGACUCCAUCCGCUGUGACACCAUUGAGCAGCUUCAACAGAGGGGAUGUCUGCUCAGCGAGAUUGAGUUUCCAGUCAACAACAUUACGAGAACACGAGACAGUCCCUUAAGCAACGACAUACAGCUGACUCCCCAAGAGGUGCACCUGAAACUGAGGAUAGGGCAGCCUGCUGUAUUUGAGGUGAAGUUUCGCCGUGCCAUGGGGUACCCCAUUGAUCUCUACUACCUCAUGGACCUCUCCUACUCCAUGCUGGAUGACUUGGAGAAGGUGAAGAAGCUGGGAGGGGAGCUGCUCAGGGCGCUGGAGAGCACCACCCCUUCUCGCCGCAUAGGAUUUGGCUCCUUCGUGGACAAGACAGUGCUGCCCUUUGUGAACACGCACCCUGAGAAGCUGCAGAACCCCUGCCCCAACAAGGACAAGCAAUGUCAGCCUCCCUUUGCCUUCAAGCACAUCCUCUCACUGACCGACAAUGCCAAGAAGUUCGAGAGCGAAGUGGGGAAGCAGUCCAUCUCAGGGAACCUGGAUGCCCCGGAGGGGGGGCUGGAUGCCAUGAUGCAGGCAGCGGUGUGUGGGGACUUGAUUGGCUGGCGCAACGUGACCCGCUUGCUGGUGUAUGCUACAGAUGAUGGCUUCCACUUUGCUGGUGAUGGCAAGCUUGCGGCCAUCCUGACCCCCAACGAUGGCCAGUGCCACUUGGAGGACAACAUGUACAAAAGGAGCAAUGAGUUUGACUACCCAUCUGUUGGCCAGCUGGUCCAGAAACUUGCUGAAAACAACAUUCAGCCAAUUUUUGCUGUCACCAGCAAGGUGGUGGAUGUUUACAAGAAACUCAGUGAGAUGAUCCCAAAGUCAGCAGUAGGAGAGCUGAAUGAGGACUCCAGCAACAUCAUUGAACUCAUCCAGGUGGCCUACAAUAACCUCUCCUCACGGAUUAUCCUGGACCACUCCACCCUGCCAGACGUCCUGGAUGUCAAAUACGACUCCAUAUGCAGCAAGGACAAGUUCACCUUUGAUGGAGCGAAAGGGGACUGUGACAACGUCAAGAUCAACGAUGAGGUGAUCUUCAAAGUGAAGGUCACAGCCAAGGAGUGCAUCAAAAGCCAGUCCUUCACCAUCCGGCCUCUGGGCUUCACAGACACCCUCACUGUCCACCUGGACAGCAAUUGCAACUGCAACUGCAAAGAGCAGCCUGACCCAACUGCCUGCAGUGGGAAAGGUAGCAUCAUCUGUGGGAUCUGCAGCUGCAAUUCGGGCUACACGGGGAAGAACUGCGAGUGCGAAACCAAAGGCAAGACCAGCAAGGAGCUGGAGGGCAGCUGCCGGAAGGACAACAGCUCAGUCAUCUGCUCAGGGCUGGGGGACUGCGUGUGCGGGCAGUGCAUCUGCCACACCAGCGAUGUGCCCAACAAGCAGAUCUAUGGCACCUUCUGCGAGUGUGACAACAUGAACUGCGAGUUUCACAACGGCUCUCCCUGUGGUGGCAAAGAACGCGGAAGAUGCGACUGUGGGGAGUGCAAGUGCAUGCCUGGGUACGAGGGUAGUGCCUGCCAGUGCAAGAAGUCAACAGAUGGCUGCUUGAACAUCCAUGGCAACGAGUGCAGCCACCGCGGGACCUGCCACUGCAACCGCUGCCAGUGCCAGGAGGGAUACCAGCCCCCCUUCUGCCAGGAGUGCCCCGGCUGCCCCUCACCCUGCGGCAGAUAUGUCUCCUGUGUGGAGUGCAAGGCCUUCCAGAGUGGCCCUUUCAAGAAGAACUGCUCCCAGGCCUGCUCCAACAUCCUGGUGGCCGAGGAGUUGACAGAGGCGAGGAAGCAGUGCCGGGAGAAGGACUCCGAAAACUGCUGGAUCUCCUUCCACAUGGUCCAGGAGGAUGGCGAGGAGAUAUACACCAUCAGCGUCAAUCCUGAAAAAGAGUGCCCAGAGCCUCCCAACAUUGCGCUGAUUGUGGGCAGCACCGUCGCUGGCGUGGCCCUCAUCGGCCUGGUGCUCCUGCUGAUCUGGCGGCUCUUGACGGAGCUGUUUGACCGCCGGGAAUACCGUCGGUUUGAGAAGGAGAAGUCCAAGGCCAAGUGGAAUGAUGCUGAUAACCCCCUCUUCAAGAGUGCCACCACUACGGUUGUGAACCCCAGAUUCAAUGGGCAAUGAAGCAGAACAACACCUGCCAGCACUAGGAUCCACCGUUAAAUAAAGAAAUGCCAAGCUAAGGAAAUCUUAAACUAAGGCUCCCACCUCCUCUUCUUUAUCCCAUUUGUUCCUUUCUUCCAAGAGGCCACCAGCACGUCAGGCACUGGCUGCACCACACCUGUCUGCUGGUGCAGGCUGAGUUAAUGGAGCCAGGAGAAGGGAACAGACACCACUUUGCCGUGGAAGGGACUGCAGAGCAGGUCUCACCAGCGGGCACACACAAUGGCUCCCAUCCCAGCUACCAACUGUCUCAGCACUUGAUGCUGUCUUUGUCUUCUGACAGAACUCUCAGACACCAAGCCCCCAAAACAGCUGAGCACUCAGAGUGCUUCCAGCUUUGAUUUGGAGCUGGAAUUUCAAAACUGCCAUCUCUCUGGGAGCAGGAUCUGCUCCCAGGCUGCUCCAUGCCUUCCCCUGCUGCACUGGUCUCCACCACUAUGUUUUUAUUAGUUUCUAAAGCACUCACUGAUGAUUUGGAUGUGGAGGGUCCUCUAGGCUGGUGGUCUGCUCUGGAGGAUGCAGUGAGGGGAUGGUCCCUAAGGGCUAGCAAGGACCUGUACCGGGAAAUGAAGAGCAGCUGGGGAACAUGCACUGAAUCUUUUUUCCAAAUUAUCAGCUGCUUCCUGGUGUUGCUUCCAUCUCAGACCUACCUUGGGCAAGGUUCUACUUGGCCUCCUGCAAGCUUGGCUUACUUCCACCAGGCCUUGAGACCUCUGCAUAACAAGGAGGCAAAGGAGCAACUGUUUGAACUACGCAACAUCCGCACCGAGCACUUGAAGCGUUGCCUGCAGCUCAGAGGUUGGCCACAGCUUCUUCCACCGCCCCCAGAGCUAGAUCUUUUCCGUGCCCUGCACAUCAGGCAUCACAAGGGCCAGGUGUGCAAAAGACCCAGCAGUACCAGGAGCAUCUCCAGCUCAGCACUUUUCCAAAACAUGCACAGCAGCUAAUUAUGUUGUGGGGUCAUUCCUGUGAAAUAGCGGUACAAUUCCAUAUUUGCUUUAAGUUUGUGAGUAAUUUGCAUUUAGCUGUAUUAUGUCACAUCUUCAGUUGCUCU